CUUUCUUCAGGAGACGUCUUGUGACACCCGGAAAAGUGGAGUAGCAACAAAUUGAGGAUGCUGUGACUACUCACGCUGAAUAUUUCUUUAAUUGAAGGCUUUUCUGUAACCACAAUGGCUUCAGUUAUUAAAGAAACGCAGAGUAUAAAAGAAGCAGUUACUCUCAUCAAUGGCAUAGACGUAAACAAGUUCUCCAGGUUGAUCUCCCGCAUUAUACAAAAGCUUCAUCUCAAGGGUGAAAGGACAUUCAGUAAAGAGGAGGAGCAAAAACUUCAGACUGCUCUUUCGCUGGACAAAUCAUCUCUUAACUUAGUCCUGGAAACGUCUGCUUUCAUUCUUGAGCAGGCGGUGUAUCAUAAUAUAAAACCAGCAUCCCUGCAGCAGCAGCUUCAGGCAAUUCAUGUGAAUCCAGACAAGGCUGAUGUAUUUUCUCAAACAUGGUCCACCUCUGGCCCUGAGCUGGUGGACCGGCUAAAGCGCAAUAUCUUUGCCCCCAAGAAGCUGGAUUUUGUCGGCUGGCAGUUGAACCUGCAGAUGGCCCAGUCCAACCAGGCCAGGCUCAAGUCCCCCAGUGCUAUACUCCAACUGGGCCUCCACAAUGAAGAAUCUGAGACCGAACUACUCCCACCGCAAACACAAGGAGUUCCUGCUGAAGAUAAGAGUUCAAGCAAACAAGAAAAAAGGUUGCUGCAUCAAGGCUGCUCGUUUCAAAGCCUUAUGGGGAGGGAGGGCACUUGGAGAUUAUCUGGGUGUUGAUGUGUUUUUGGUCAAAACAACACACAGAGGCUGGAUGCAUGGGAGGAACUAAAGGCUCCAUCUUUGUUGUAGCUUCUACUACAGGCUGUAGCUGACAUCUUGUCGAGAAAGAUUGUUUUGUUGAGAAGUUGGCCUAUUUGUAGAUACCUGAUUUAGAGAGCUCAGGUUUGCUUUAUUUAAUUUGAACAUUAAGGCCUCGGCGGUCCGUGAUUCUGUUUUAACAACUGAAAGGAUGUCUUAUUUCAUUGGGUUAUUCCACUGCUUUGAUCACCUGCAUAUCGCCAGCUGUUUCAGAUAACGCGUGUCAGUGUUUGUACUUCUUCACUGUCAGAUGUCUUUGAACACACACACACACACACACACACACACACACACACACACACACACUCUUAACUUUUUGAAACAUGGAAGCUUGCAAACUCACACUGGCCUUCCAACAUUCCCAGUACACACAGCUCUUUGGUCAUAUAUUCUCUUUGCAGCAUGACUUACCAUCUCUGUGGGUGCAAUAUGUGUGCGUUCGUGUGUGUGAUAAAAAUUACUUGCAGUUUGCGCUUUUUACUUUUCAACAUGACCAACUAAUGUUGGAAAGGCAUCGGGCUUCAGCAACAUUUUGGCAGAUAGUCCAGCUUCACCCAUCUUCACAAAACAGUCUCAUAUUUUGCUGUUGCAGGAAUCUGUAAUUCCAACCACUUCUGUCUGAUAUUUGCCCAUUUGGACAGUAUUUUAGCUCUAUGCUAACAUGGUAAAAUCUUCGACCAACAGCAGAGCGAGGGGAGGGCAAGGCUUGUACCCGGAAACGCUCUUAUAAGGUGUUGGAAAAAACUCUCAGAGCGUUCAGAGCCAUCCCAAACCUCUUUCAGGGCUCACUUCCAAAGGCGCAAACCUCAAUAUUUGAAACUUUGGCAAAGUUUAACACGAUAAUACAACAUUUUAACAACAUUUAUAGGUCAGAAAAGGGCCCCUUUAACACUGCAUGGAGUCAACCAUGGCAUGUCCAACAUGAUAAUGUGAAAACGUUUUCCUCUCAUCCUGUGUGGAAGUGGUACAUUUUUGGCUUCUUACUUUGUCCUUCUUCCUCACUCCAUUUGAAACACUUUCUCAAGUUUAGAACAAAUAAAUUGGACUGACAACUAGAAAUGUUAUAGAAAUUAUGCAAAAGUAGAAAGUGUACAUACACAUUUGAUCAGAAGCACUCGUCUAGCCUCCAAAAAGCUUGCUUUUAUGACAACAAACCGAGAGUAGAAUCCACAGUCACGUAAACACAUUAAUUCCCUUGUCAUAUGCCAUUUGGGUCAUUUUCCAUCAGUAAAGGGUAGUCGGGAAACUACCUUUUUUGUGCCUGCAAUCUUGUCAAAAAGGUUUCCUUGUCUGCUAUAAAUAAUAUACAGCCCUGAACCUAAUGGUGAAAGCUUGUCAAAAGUGACAGUCAUUUCUUUCGUUUGGCCUUUUAUUGUUUUUAAAUGAAUCGAAACACUGAAUAGGAGGUGGGUCAUGGGUCUGGGGAGCUUGACAGAGUGGGGGGAAACAGUGUCACUGUUCUGUCAUAAGCAGCUUCAAUCAGCACUCAGGGAGGACUGACACUGACACACUUGAGAUGUUAGUAUGCGUCUACAGUACAUACUGUAUAGUGCAUUGUCCUAUAUUUCUAUAUAAUUUCACAUGAUGCUAUAGAAAUGAUUCAGUGUAUAGCAGUAUGGACACAUUAUGAGCUGCUUGAAUUGAUUCAACAGUCAUUAUUGUCAAGGCAAAAGAGGAACAUGAUAGUGUCUUGCCUACAGUUAAGUAUGGCAGUGGUAGUGUCAUGGUCUGAUGCUGCAUGAGAGUUGCAGGCACCGGGGAGCUGCGGCCCAUUGAGGAGAAACAUGAAUUCCAAUAUGUACAGUGACAUUCUGUUGCCGUGCUACUGUUGCGUAAGUGUCUUUGCCUGUAGAGUGACCCAGCUUCUGUAGAGAGCCUUAGAAUCAGCUGUCCUGUGAGCUGCUGAGAUAGCGCUGCCCUUAACCCUCACGGCCUCCACCCCAGUACAUCCCCUCCUUAGGCUGUGUCAUUUCAGCCAUUCAACCAGCCAAAUCUGCCAGCCUCAUCAAGGUGCUCAGGCUUGCCCUUUUCAAUAAUUCAUUGCCAGAUUUGCAGGGUGGAGUACAGAGUUUUUGUCUGUAGCAGCUUCCCUCUACAAAGGCAUGCUUUUUCUAAUUGGAAUGACACGCAGGUCCCUAUUGGUGAAGCUUAAAUGUCAUUAGCGGAGAGGCCAAAUGUCACGUGCUGUUAAAGGUUCAGUCAAUGAUUGGAAAUGGCAGUAGAAAAUGUGCCUCAUCUGACAUGAGGGUUUCAACAGGCACACACUGAGAACACGAGGCUCAUUCAUACUCAUGCAGUGUGCAUGCAUUUUACUUAUUAUUCUUGAUAUUUUCCCUUUAACUUUUUGGCUUGAGCCUCUGUAGUCCACACGUCCAAAUGAAGCCAGGCAGGUUGAGCCCCAUGCUGCCAUCUGCAUCCCCAGCUCUGCAUAAUGCAAAGCUGUAGUAGCAAUGACGUUUAUUCUCUGGGAGCUAAUUAAACAUUAUACAAAUGCUCACGCUUGUAGGCACACAAGUGCGUGAUGCACACAGGUACAAACAUGCAAAUAUACUCACGGCGCCACGUUGUGAUUUAAUUUCAAAGUCUAAUUCCUGUGUGGUUUUUAAUUAUUUAUGAAGUCGUGUUGAUAAAGUCACACUGACCUUCCUUUAAUAAUGCUCCACACACAUGCGGUCUUGUGUAGUAAAAGUACAAUGUGCCACCUUCCAAAUUGCCCCCAGCUGCGGCCUGGCACUGUCUUGACUCCUUGAAGGCUGCAUUCAUUUUCAGUUUGAAUAGUUGUUGUGGAGAAGCAUUACAUUUGAGACUUCAGCAGACAGCCACGCUAUUGCUUUAGCUGAUUUUGUAUUGUGCAUUUGGCAUGAAAAGAGAACUGUUGAAUAUUCUGGGAGUGAAUAUCUCAGCUUAGCAUUUUUGCAUCCAAUGCAAUACAAUGUUCAAAUGAUAACCACUGGCAGAGAUUAGGUCCUCCAGCUUGACAUUCAUCAUAGAUCUUUUUUAUUCUCCUACACAAACACAUUGUGUUCUCCCCCGUUUUGGAAAUAGUACAUAUGGUACAAUGGUGGAAGAUGACAGCUUGUCGGAUUGGACAGAAAACAGCAGUGGUGGGUGUGUAGAAGUAAUCCUUAUUGUUUUGUGGUAGAAGCGUCACAUCCCACUUGUCCGCGUAGGCGUAGCUUGCCUUCAUGUUUCUGAGGCUUGAGCUCCGUGUAAAAUGCUGUAAUUGUCUAAAAUACGACCUACUUGACACAAAAGUCCUCACUGAGUAUGGAGCAACAUGGAUCCUCGCAGGUGAUUUUAUCCUUUUACAAUGAGGGCUUCACUUUAGUGGAAAACCGAUACUGUAAACGCUUCAUGUUUGUGUUUAUUUAACUAUACCGUGAAUAGGACAGGGUAUUAAUUAGAGUUUUUAAACUUCUAUAGUAUACAGUUGGAGUGCAUCAGAAAGUGGAAAGUGGAAACAUUGCUCUCUUUGACCAUAUGGUCAUUUAUUAUGUAAAUGUAUACUGUAUGCAUGUAUACUGUACUGUACAUCACAGCAGUAUCAGAACUAAUAUUGUCAUAGCAGGUAAAGAGCAAACUGCUCAGCCAGCAUUAAUGCUGCUGAUGAGUUAAUACAAACAAUAGUACAGUAUUUUAAAGGGGGGCCUAUUAUGCUCAUUCUUUGACCCUUUGUAUUGAUUUGUGGACUCCUAGAGAGAAGUUACACACAAUAACCCGCACAGAAAACUUUCAAGAUCUUCCAAAAUCUGCACCUAUUCCAGCUGUAUUUCUUUUGAUUUCUGCUUCCCUCCAAAACGGUCUGUUUUAAUGUAUUCCACCUACGGCCCGCUGCCGGGCAUGGGCAGGUCAUGAGCCACUGGCUGGAGAUCGUGUAUGAACUCAAAGAGUGGUAGUGGAGGCACCGCUGGUGUGGUGGAGCUCAAGAGAAGCCGGACGUGUGGCCCUACCUCCAACCUCACCUGCCCAAGGAGGAGCACUCCUUGUUGGACACACUUUGUCAGAGGCACUGUUGAUGCAGUGGAGCUCAGAAACGAGAGUGCUGCGUUUACUAACUGCAGCCGUCGGUGGUGGAGAUGUGAUCAUUACACAUUUUUUGCGGGACUCCCAGACAUCGAUGAUCACACAAUGGACGCACAAUGUGUCUGACAUGAAUGCACCUUUAAUUAAAAAAUAGCUGUCAGUUUCAAUAGAGACUCUUUCUUGCUUUUGCAGAAUACGCACCCACCGACUAUAGGAGACGCAGCAGUAAACGGAACAUUCAUUCAUUCAUUUUCUACCACACAUGGGGGUGCUGGAGGGCGAGAUGCGGGGUACACCCUGGACUGGUUGCCAGCCAAUCACAGGGCACAUAUAGACAAUUCACACUCACAUUCAUACCUAUGGACAAUUUGGAGUCGCCAAUUAACCUAGCAUGUUUUUGGAAUGUGGGAGGAAACAGAGAAAACCCACGCAUGCACGGGGAGAACAUGUAGAUGAGAGGGUGGAAUCAAACUCGGGUCUCCUAGCUGUGUGUCCUGCUAACCACUUGACCGGUAAACGGAACAGUGGUGUUAAAUUUACGAUUCAUCUAUAGUAUUCUAAGAUGCAUAGUCUUCUUUAGCUUUGAACAACAGGUCUUGUCCCCAUUUUCUAAUCUGUAAUUCCAAAAGAAUUUGUGAAUACUUUUUUUGCCCUUAUCCGUGUGUGUUUGCUCCCUGUGUGACCUGAAGUAAAAUGAUACUGGUGGUCCAGACAUCUGACUUGGUCAUCACAUCAAAGGAGCCUGAAGAAGACAGCCUACAUGUCUUUGCGUGUUGUGUCUCCUCUGCUUCGUCUCCCUUACCCUCUCAGGGUGUCUGCCAUGUGUUUCGCUUCUGUCGUCUCUCUUGUGACUCAUUGCACAUUCCAUAUUCCAAACUGCCCUAAAGUGAUAAGGACAAUCCCAUUUUUGUCAGGGAGCCUUUGUCUGAGGCAAUAUAUGGCCCAGUGCAGAAACAACAGAAGAGAUACUUGACGUGCCACACAUUACCGGUUUCCCUUAGAAUCACUUACUGGUGAUAAAACAUUCAGCUUGGGAAUUAGAUAUGGAAAUUUAAUUUUGAACAUGCUUAACGUUAAAGUACAUCACAUUUGCAAUUCAACAUGUUUGAAAAGGAGUACAGCUUAUACAUGUGUACACUGUUUUAUUUGAAGUCUCAAUGUAGUAACCUGACUCUCUCUGACAGUUUUCGGAAAGUAUUUUGAAAUGAAUAAAUAAAUAAACAUUUAAAAAAGAAAGUAUUUUGCAGUUAGCACCAUUUAUAUUUGGCCAAAAUGGCUGAACUCUAGAGCGUAGGGAUUAUAACCUAAAAUGUAUGCUGGCGUUUGAUUCUGUAGGCUUGGAUAUGCACGUCGGCCUGGUUGCGACUGCCACAGGCCUGAUAGCAGGGAGUGGGGUUUACGGUGUCUCCUCAGCCUCGCCGUAGACCUGGGAAGUCUCGAUAAGACACCCGGGCUCUGAAGUUGCUAAAAAGACACAUGGAGAGCGGAACAAAGAGAUGAGGAAGGUGGCUGAUGAGGAGGCUAUAAAUAAAACUCAUCCGCCGUUGGGCGUUGCUUCAAAUUUUUUUUUUCUUUUUCUGCCAUUACAUUAAAAAUCCACAGAAUCCUUUUAGUCACAGUUGGGAUGGGGAGGCCCAAAAGGCAACACAAUUAAGCUUAUGCACAAGCAGGUUUUAAGGGUUAAUCUUUGUCCGUGGGUUGGAAAUUCAGUUAAAUCUUGUCUGAAGGCAUGUUUCAGUCUUGCCAUUGGCUGUUUUUCCUCACUAAAAAAAAUGGAGAAUAUCACACCAUAAGGAUGUAUUUUUGUUCAUAACCAUGGCACACUUGAUAUCAUUUACUGUAUAUCUUGGGAGCAAUCCACACAGAAACUUUUUCAGGUCAAAACAGCAGUUUCAGCCUCUCAUCCACAAGGAAACGGCCCUCUGGUUGCCCGGAAAACGGUAUUAUUACAAAAAAAGACUUCCAGAGUGUGAAAAUCUGAAAAUGCUGCCUUUUCAUUUCCAUGCAGACAGUUCUAUAUGAGAACGAUGAUGUUACAGACCCACCGCAAACCUCAUUGCCGUCAUAUGACCAGAAGUUGACGACAAGCCAACAUCAUAUCUAAAUACAGUGUCAGUUGACAUUCUCUUGAUAUUUUCUUGUCUUAUACUCCCGAAACAACACAAAUGUAUGAUAUGAAUGUAAGACUUACGCAUGCAUUUUCUCUUCUUCUAUGAUUUGGUGUGUCACGUGGUUCCGUCUGUGUGUCUGUUCACAGCGCCACACAUAGGUGUGCCUUGUGUAUUACAUCGUUUUCACUCACCUUGCUCUUCCCUUCUGCCUGCAACCAUUUACUAAGCACAACUUUUUUUCAACCCACCCAAAAAAAUAAAAUCCCAAGAACGUUCCGGCAUGGACAGGGCCUGUGCUGUGCGACACAGUCUAUCUGCAAGUGAUGGCGCCGCACUUAAUUCCUCAGUUCGAUGUCACAGUUCAACAAUUGCAUCCUGAGUAAGGCACUUACGUUGACAGAAGUCAUACAUUUUUGAGAACUCCAUUUGAAACAUGGGAAAGCCUUUCACACAGAUCUUUUACUAUUCUGGGAGUUGAUAAGCAUACUUCAAUGGAAAGUGUGCUUGACCCAAGAUGAAAUAUGUGGCUCCAUCUUAGACAUCUAAGACAUCCCUUUAUGGAAACAAUUAAAACUGCUUUGGUUCGUCCACUGGCAUAUGUAGAUGCUGUAUUAUCUGUGUUUCAGUGCGGAUUCAGUGGUGAAUUUGUAUGAGUGUUGACGAGCUUGUUGACGGCUUCUAAAAACAAGGGUUGAUGGAUGGCUUGGAGAUCCAGGUGAGAGGCAGUUUAGAGGCCGACAGAGAAGACGUGACACGCUGGGAUUGUUGUUGAUUCGCUCAUGAAAGACUACAGGAUAGCAGUGGAAUGUGGAUGACACCUGAAGCUUCAUCUCUGCUGCGUUUUCUCUCUCACUUGUACUUGGGCUUUGUUUACUUUUUCACACUUCAAGGAUAAAGUACAAUCAAAGCUCUCAUAUCUGUUUUUUUUCCCCCCGUCAGUGAGAUGUCGAAAGAGGGAAACGGAAUCUAGGCUACUGCAUUGGGAUGAAUUAGAUGUGUGAUGUUACGCCGCAUGGAUGGAUGUUAUUUCAGGAAUGUAUUGCUUUUUAGCAUGCAGAUUGCAAGCCCAGUGCUUUUGCAAAAAUCUAUUCGCAAUGCGAGGUGGUUUGGAUGGAUCCGAUUAACUUGGAGUUCUAUGCUGGUAAUGUAAACUGUUUGUCAGUUAGAUGAACAUUAAUGUGAAUCUCCUAAUUUUGGCGUACUGUCAAUGCUGUCAUUAUAGCCCGACCUUUAUUGACCUAAACUCCAAAGACGACAGGCUCACAGGCUUAUUGUAAACAACAGUGUGGCAUGCAUGAGUUUCACAAGAACAGCUGAGUAGCGCAACAUUUUAAAGCAGCUGGAUGCUCAACCCUCAUGACACAGCAAAUAUUUUUUUCUAUCUAGUACUAAUUAGAGACAUUAAAGGGGAGCUGCACUUUUUUGGAAUUUUGCCCAUCAUUCACAAUCCUUAAUGUGGAACAUGAACACAUAUUUCUUCCCCUUUUCUGCACCUUCUAGUGCAGAAAAACAAGUUAAUAUGAGCUCGCUAACAAUGGACGUCAUGGGAAAUACCUUUUUUGAAAAAACAGCGUUCCAGUUACAUAACUGACUUGUAUAUUAACCAAGCUACAGCAAUAAUAUUUUUGUAGCAGCUAUCUUAUCUGGCGGACUAAUAUGACGCCUUGCUAAGCGCUUGAAAGAGUGGAUACCUCGCUCUCAAUUUCCCUACAAAGACUCAACAAGAUGCUGGUUUGCCGUCAGCAUUUUUUACCUGAGGACUGUUAGCACACGUCUUGUGCUGGAAGACACAGCCAUCCCAAUGGGAGCGGAUAUCGAUCGUAAGUGUUGUCGCUGUAUGCUGCUGAUAUUGUGACGAAACUAGCAUAAGUAUGCGUAUCAAUGCGCCUCGAAAAGAAGUUUUGGUAGUGUUUGAAAUCAUCGAAAUACGACAAGAUACUGCAACAAUGUUAUCAUCACUGGAUUUGUUCAUACAUGAUCACAGCAUGUGCAUCAAACAAUGCAACGUCGUUUGGUUUAAAGCAGGGGUCUCAAACUCAAUUUACUUGGGGGCCACUGGAGCUCGGGUCUGGGUGAGACUGGACCGCAUCAGGUUUUCCAAAAAAAAAAACAAAACGCAUUUAUUAAAAACAAAACAAAAAAAUUCAAACUGGAGCCUAUCCCAGCUGUCUUUGGCCAAGAGGCAAAGCCGGAAAAGGGGUGUCAAGUUGAACCUCCGACACUUGCUGUUGUAUGAGAAGCAAUUGUAGCCGUCCGGCAUGUAUUCUAAUACUACACGCCUUUCAAUGAUGCAAAUUACCUAUUUGGCUCAUGUCAGCAACAUCAUAAUUUGUCACUGGGUUUUCAAUGCAUUCACUUCAAAUUGUUGUGUUUCUGCUCUAAAAUAAAGGGGUAUGCCUAAAAUUGGACAAUUAUUUAAUUUCACAUUUUUGUUACAAAUCAGUGUGAUUUUUUUUUUGUCGCCUCAAUUCGCGGCCCUUAAGACUGCAGGCUAAAUAGAGGUGAUGUGUUCACAUGUACCAACAGUUGGAACUCAUUAUUCAGUAUUCACUGUUCUCCCCGCAACAGUGGCCCUUCCUGUGUGGGUCAUUUGUUAUUGAAGCCCAUCUGUGGCUUUACUUCCUGAUAGCUAUGCCGUUUGUCAAGUGUUGCUUUAGUUAUUGAGUUUGUGACUUCACUGGUCGUAAAUCUGCUGUUUUAUUAGGUGAACUCGAAAGGUAGAAAACUUGGAAAUUAGGAAAAACAACCCCUAAAUGAAGCUGACGGCCAGUAUAUUUAUAUUCAUCCCUUAAACUUCAUUAAUUCCUGAGUCAAGUUCGACCUGGCCUCUUUUUUUCAAAUCAAAUUCUUAAGUACUCCAAGAGGUGAAAAUGACUCUCCAGUUAAGGUUAAUGUGGCUUCAUUAAGCUUCACUUCAAACGUAUAUUCGUUUUUUUAACUUUCUCAUUGCUGUAUAGCGCAGAGUUCAGCCUGAGCGAUGCACUGUGGAGAUAAUAACCCAGCCAACCUUUAUAUAACCAUCCCUUACCUAGAGGGGGUGAUGCGUACCAGGCUCAUACUGUUAGAUAGGGGCAUAAAGGAUGAUUUAGUAUGGUAAGUUUGGAAAGAUAGGAUUUAACAGCAGGAAUAGACUGAAGAGAUGUUUAAUUGCAUCCCAUGGAUUUGUUUUAUUGUCUUGGUAUAAUGGGAAGUCAUUUUUAUUCAUAAUAAUAAUACAAAGUUCAUUGUUUAUUUGGAGUUAAGUAUAGAGUCCUUCAUUAAAUAACACGAAUGGUGUGGUUUUAAUUAAAAUACAGCAUUAUUUGAAAGCUACCGAAAAAAAAGCCGAGGUUAGAGGAAGUUCAGCUUUCUUUUAUGUGCAAGGUAGAUUUACUAAUUAGGCACCUCUUCACGACAUUCAUAUUCAUUCCUAACAAGCAGAAUUGCCAAUCAGGGACAAUGAAUCCAAAUUAUUAGACAAAAAGGUGAAUAACAGUCCUUCAGAAAGGCAUUCUUGGUCAAUUCCAAGACACCUGUCAGAAAUUAUUGCUUCUAUUUCCACCAGUUCAUGGUUCUGUCUCUACCCUGUUGGGCCUCUGACUCCCCACAAGGCGAAUUGCAGGUACGGUUACUUCAUUUUUCUUGUGCCGAUGCAACAAAGAACUACCCCAUGCCAGUUCUUUCUUCCGAAUAUUGUAACAUAGUGCCAUAUUGUGCCUGCUGGCCCAAUGGGAUGAUAGAAAGUCAGACACGGCCUAGCAAAGAAAAUGGCCAAAAUCGGAGAAGCAGAUAGAUUCUCUUCCACACAUUCAUGAUCCGAGACAAUCAGAAAGAAUUACAAGCCAAUUUUACACUGAACAUUUUUUUUUUAAUCUCCCCCAAGAAUGAGUCCAUCACCCACCCCAGCCCCACUUAUCUGUAACUCUUGUCUGUGCCAUCCUUUCAGACUAUGAAAUGGAGAGAGGUUAUUUUCCCCCUCUUCUCCCUGUAUGUUAAUGACACGCUAAUCUGUUCCUGAGCGAGUGCCUUAAUGAGGGCGGCGCGCUCCUCACUCCGCUGGCUAGCGCCUGUUAAGAUACCAUUAUGGAAAUAGCUCGGAAUCAUGCGUCGUUCUGGGACCAGACUCAAAUGUAUGCCUUAUUUCCACUUUUAAAGUUUUCCUCUGCCUCCUUAACAAGGCCGGGUAGUUCCUCAGAGGGAUGCAGCGGUAGAUAAACAAACAUGGUAAUGACGAGCACGGGGUGAGGCUUCAGACACUUUUAGCUCUGAAUGUUGCUUAGGCUAAAUAGGCCACAAUGGCUCUGAUACACUGUUGCGGGCAGAGAGCAUGUGGCAGGAAUUCACAACCCAACCAAGCCUACGGAAUUACCCAAGUGUUAUUUCGCAGUUGCUGCUUUUGACUCAAUAUGUCUGACAAAACUGCUAAAAGAUUAGGGUUUAGUCUUUUUUUAAAGCUUGUGUUUUCAUUCAUUCAUUCAUUUUCUACCGCUUAUCCUCAUGAGGGUCGCAGGCGUGCUGGAGCCUAUCCCAGCUGUCUUCGGGCGAGAGGCGGGGUACACCCCGGACUGGUCGCAAGCCAAUCACAGGGCACAUAUAGACAAACAACCAUUCACACUCACAUUCAUACCAUUGGACAAUUUGGAGUUGGCAAUUAACCGGAAAACGGAAGUACCAGGAGAAAACCUACGCAUGCGCGGGGAAUUGAACUUGGGUCUCCUAGCUGUGAGGUCUGCACGGAAAAAAACACAGGCCCGACUACCAAUAUUGUUGUAUAUUUAAAUUUCUAGUCACCAAAUAUAUGAUGUCCUGUGUUUUUCAGACCUUUAGGUUCAGACUUCAACCUAAAUGUUUGGGUCUAAACGGUAAUUAGAUAUACAUAUAUAGACAUGGUUGUUGUAAUGAAUGCCGUCUGUGUGAGCUUCUUUCUUAGUUUAUCUACAGCAGGGGUGUCCAAUGUGUGCAUUUGCAGCCCGUGACACAGUCUAAAAAUAUAAUUGAACAAGAAAAAUUUAAUAAAACAGAAAAAUUAGCAGUAAUUUUACAAGAAUCAGGUGAAAAUAUUAAGUUAAAGUUGUAAUCUAACAAGAAAAAUAUAAAGAAAAAUAAUGUGAUUUUAGUAACAUAAAAAAACAAAACAAAAUGAAGUUGUGAUUUUAUGGACGUUAGGUUAAGGGAAAAGUUAUAAUAUUUUGGUAAAGUCAAAAUAUUAUGGGAAUAAAGUCACACCAGAAGUGAUUUUGCGAGCAGCCAUGAAUGUAAUUUGUAUUAAUUUACCACUGGCUUUCAAAAAUUGGGCAAUGUAGAACAUAAUUGCAAACGAUACAUAAAAUAUGUAAGCAAAGUAGUUGGUUAAUCAUGUCAGGGACCCUUUAAAGGGAGGGAAAUAUGAGUGGGAGCAAUGGAGGAUGAUAGCAGAAGGAGAGAGAGAAGUUUUUCUUUCAAAUUGCUGCUCACAUUAAAUUGACGGGUGGGGUUGAAACCUCAUAAUUGCUGUUAAGUUGAUGGAAGCAUGCAUGCAUGUUUGACACAAGUCUUUAAAGGUCUACUAAAACUUUAAGACCGUGGGGAGGCUUUUGUUCAGCAUUUUCAAGCCCAAACAUAAGUGAAACAGUCAUUACACACAACAGUUGUCAAGCUCAGGUGGAUGGUGUGCUUGUUAAAGUGUAGGCCAAGCUUAAUACCUGUUAUGCUAAUUUUGGACCCUUUGUAUUGAGUUGUGGACUCCAAUAGAGCAGCAAGACACGAUAACCCGCAUAGAAAGCUUUCUAGAUUUCCCAGAAUCUGCACAUCCAGCCUCCCGCCAAAAUGGUCUCCGCCGGCUACGGAGGACUUUCAGACAGCUGCCGAACCCCUCUUUCUAAUUUUGUCGAUAUAUAAGUUGAUAAUAAAUGCCGAUUUACACAUUUUUUUGCGGGACUACCUGUGUUUAAAAAAACUCUGGACCCAAAAAAGGCUAUUAGCAACUCCAGCCUGUAAUUUGCAUGCAUGAACAUAAUACGUACUCACGCCACUCCCUGUAUGCACAUUUGAUAAUGCUACACGGACAACAUCUUUUGUUCGAUUACUUACACAAAGGGGGGUAGGAGGGGGGGGGCAUCAGCGUAUGUGGGCAAACCCAUAUUAGGAAGUCCGGAUCGCAUUGACGUCACAAAACUGUUAGAAACCGAUCAUUCAUACGUUCAUAGCCAUCCCAAACUUCUUUCAGGGCUCACAUGUUCGCAUAUUGAAUUUUUAUUGUACACAUCUGGUCCAGCUGAAAAAAUAGCAAUAAAUUACAUUUUGCAGUGUUGGAUCUUAAGGAUGUUCUAAGUAAAGCCUCAUAAUGCAAUAAGAAGAAAUGAGAAUGAGACACAAAAUGAUACAUGAUGAUUACCUAAAAUGAAAUAGGCUGUUCAUCAGCUGAUAAAAGUUUAAGAGCACAGCCUUUAAAAGUCAAAAUCUUGGCAAAAAUGUGGAUUCAGUGUCAUUUUCACUGUCUUGAUCUCUCGAUGGCAAAGGCAAAAAGGCUUUCUAUCUUUGAACGAGGUUGGAUUUUUGAGCUGUGACAUUCCUGCUGAGAUUGGACACAGUAAUUUUGAAACUUCUUAAAAGAAAAAAAGUCCCCCAAAAGGUAGCCCAAAAAAAAUGUCACUGGUCCUAAGCCGGAGAAUCCGGUUGGCUAUCAAUCAAGACACAAGAUGAUCCUGGUCCCAAGUGUAGGUUGUUACUGGAGCUGAGUGCAGUCCGAUAACAAUCGGAUGGCAUCUGCUAGAGAAGGGUUUUAAGAACAUCCCUCAUGACUGAAGGUGGAGGAGGAAUAUUCCAGAGGAAUAACCUCACUCUUUUGGACAAUCCUGCGUGUUCUCCUGAUCUAAAUCCAACUGAGAACAUUUGGGGAUGGAUGGCAAGAAAGUUUCCAAAAUUGGACAUCAGAUCCAGACAGUAGAUGCCCUCUGUGAAGCCAUCUUCACCACCCGGAGCAGCAUAUCCACUAGCCUCCUGGAAACUAACCAACGUUUGAGAUGAAGAAUGGCACAUCUACUCAUUACUGAGUCCUUUCUGGAAUUUUUUUUUUUGGUGGGUUUCUGUUUUUUGGAUAAAUUGUCUUAAAAAUAUGAACGGCCCAUUUCAGUUGAAUGGUUGUUUGCAAUAAAUAGCUUACUCCAAAAAUGUUUUGUCUCACACCCACUUUGUCUUUAUUCCAUUUUGAAGCUCCACUCAUGAAGAUUAACCUCAUUAAGAUCCAACUGUGCAAAAUGUAAAUUGUGGCAAUUUUUCAACUGGUCUUAAAAUGUUGACGAGGAGGAUGUCUCAGUCCUGUAAAAUAUCAAGAAGGUUCCAACCAUUACAUGAUGAAACUUUUCUACAUUGCACCAUAAAAAAUCUGUCAAGAUGUCAAAAAUAAUGUUCGCAUUUUCAGAGUUGCUUUCAAAUGGUAAUUGUGCCAAAGAAUAACCCCACAGUGCUUUUUCGAGUAUCAGCAAAGGCUUCUUGCCUGCAAAGCCACUUUCACCCGCAGCAUUUAUCAAAUGAUGCAUUACAGACAUGCCGGCUGGAGGUCUGAUUAGACCGGGUGUUGGUUUCUAUUCAACUUUGACCACAGGAAAGAGAAGAGAGGUUGAGGAGCUGUCAGAUUUCCCUCGGGUAGGAGGGAAGUUUCCCAUGCGGGUGAUUGAAGGGCAAAGGGAGGUAGAGCGACUCGUCAUCGAGAAUGUGUCAUGAAAGUUCAGAAAGGUUACUGGCUUCAGCAAAAACAAGCCCGUGUGGCUUUAACCCCAUGAAUUCAGUUCUCUGUGUGUGUGUGUGCAUGCUCCUUUAUGUUUUGUGGUGAAAUGGAGUGACAGUGAGACAUGUUAGGAUGCAGAAACAUCUAUAAUGGAUGCGGUUGUGGUAUAUACUAUGUCUAGUCAUUUUCUUGCAGUUACCAUACUCCUGCCACAAUUACAAGAUUUGUAGGGUGUCAAAAGUGAUUCCCAUGAACAACAAAUUCAAAGACGUUGAGGUGAAUAGGCCGUCUUGGGCAGUUUUGCUUAAGGAAUCCUUAAGACGAGUUUACCACAUUUUGGUAUACAAUGGAAUUGCCUUAAUUACCAGAUCAUGUGUGUUCCUAUAAAAUUUGACUUGGAAUACAGUGGAUUCAGCACAUUUUUGGUUUUAAAAAAAUCUCUAUUCUUUUUCUAUAAUUUCAUCUCAUUCACCUCAAGUCAGUAAUUUUAAAAAUAUGUGCUAAUAAAGCAUAAAGAGAAUAGCAUGCAUGUACAAUGUAACCACAUGACUUCAGUGCAAGACGGCAGUGCCCUGUCUGUGUGGCUCCGGAAGCACGAGCUUCAAGAAUCGACUAUGUCUGAAAUUACAAUAAGCUAGCAGUGUGACUUGUGUAGACUAUGUUAUGUAGAUUAUUUUGGAGAAACACCUUCUCCGACAGCUAGCGACCCAGCAGUGUCCAUUGACCAUUUUCCCCAAAUAGAUUUAGUUCCAGUAAAAGUACAUACACUAGUUUAAUACUGUUCUAAUAUUUGCUUGCAUGUUCUUUAGUAUUUUUGUAUUAUUACUGUACUGCCCCAAACGUAAGAUGGUAAUUUUACCCAAGAAAAAAGUCUCAAAGGGUCCACUUUUAUAUAAGGAUUUCUCCCCCAAUUGACUCAGAGCUCUUCUUCCUGUCAUUCACAUACACACAAGUGAAAUGAAUACAUGCAAUGUGAAAUUCUUUUUAUUGCACACUUUGAUUUCGUCUUAAAAAUAUUUUUCGUGUCUAAUAAUUGGUUCAAUACGGUAUAAGAGAGGAAAAAUCCAAUCCUCACAAACUAUUCAAAUAGUGCAGUGUUGCUAUAAUACAUAAUAUCACAUCACAUCACCACUUGUACGAAUAGGGAGCUAGUCAUUAUCUGCAAUUCUUUAUGCAUGCACACAUUAUCAGCAAUGAAAAGACACUGGUGCAUAAAAUUCAUCAAUUCAUUUUAAAUUAUUCCAUCUGUAAUAAGUCUGUUGAUAUGACAUUUGGAUAUAAUUGUUCAUAAUGGUGAAUGAGUAACUUUUCAAAAUGAGUAGUUUGUCAGUCCAUUUAGUUGACUAAAUAGCGGCUUUGUCCUGUCUUGUGUUUGUUCUGAUUGUGGGCCCCCAAAAUGACAAAGCUUGUCUAUGGGGCCAUUGCUCUACAGGAGGAAAAAAAAAAACCUGAAUGCUGUUCAGACAGGCCUGGAGGCAGCCUGUGUGCAGCACAUGUAUCUGCAUCCUUGGCUUUGUGGCUUUCCACCAUUGUUGUUCAAAAUGGCCCACUGCUUGCAGACAACCCCUGGCUUUGUGUGUGUGUGUGUGUGUGUGUGUGUGUGUGCGUGUGUGUCCUGCCGUCAUGCUGUGUACUGUACUGAAUGAAUUCAGGGGAACGAGGCGUGUGAAAAUCCCACCCUUGCCUACCUAGCGACACUGGGCUGUGUAAGUCAGAUAGAAUCGUGCUUGAACACACCACACUGAAACAACCACUCUAUUUGUUGUUCUCUUUUAUUUCAUUACAUGAGAAAGAUAAUGAGCUGGCAAAUGACCUCCUGGGACAGGGUUGAUGGCUUCACUGGCGUGCAUCAUCUCCACCGCUGCCAUCUCACGAGCUCAUACAGGACUUUGUAAAUGUAAUCGUGUUGUAAUGGGCUAAUUUUUGCUGAAGACAAGGGUAUCUCAUUAUUCGACAUCCAUAGUUAAAUAGAAGCUCGAUACAUGAUGUUAAGUUGAGUCACUAUUCAUUCUGUUUAAAAUGGACUUUGUGUUCCUUGCUCAUUAUGCAUAGAAUGUGAAAAUGGCCCGCUUCUAUCCUCCCUCAAAGAGUUUUUCUGUCUUUGGGAAUUUGGGAAUUUUUGUCCAAUCAUCAAGGUGUUUGAUUUGAUUUAUGUCAGGGCUCUCGAGUCUUAUCAUGGCAAACUUAUCCAAACCUUGCCCUUGCUUUGCACACUGGGACAGAAAAACUUGUUGGAAGUAUUAUAUUGUCCAACAUAGUACGGUAUGGUAUGGCUUAUUUCGGGUCCAGGGUACGCCCUGGACUGGUUGCCAGCCAAUCGCGGGGCAUAUUUAGACAAACAACCAUUCAAAAGCAACAUCACUUACUACUGAAAAAUAUGAACAAAUCUAAUGUGUGUUAUAAUAUUGCUUAUUCUAAAAAUGUGUUCAUACAAAUAGAGGUCUCCCCCUCAUACAUGCCUCCUGCCUCUGCAGCUUAUGAAGAAAUACAACAAAUGAGACACUAGCCAUGUUUACAUGAGGAGUUUUUCCUCUUUCUGAAUGACCUUUCCGCAAAUAAUAGUAUACAUGGAAAGGAAUAUUCCAAUCUCUUGUCUACAUGCGCCGUUAUAAUCAAACAGAAUAGUCAAUGGGGCAUGCGCAGUAAAACGUAAAUAUCAACAUCACAUGAUACCAGCUUCCCCGAGUUUUUCUCACUUGUUGGAAUAACUCUGUAUUGCCAGUUUUUCGUUCGUCCAGACCUGAAAUUUAGUUUGGAUCAAAAACAAACUUUCCGCAGCAGUCCAGUACCGAUUGCUCUCCUCCAUUUUUAAAACUGAAAUACAUCUCAAGCUGCGUGUUACGUCAUAUCUGAGCAUGUGCUGAAAGAACGCACCCGGGAUAAAUUUAAACAGGAAAAGAUCAAAUUCAAUCUUGCUAAUAUUUUAUAAUUAAACUCGGGACAUGUUUCAUGUAAAUAUAUAUUUUCUUUUUUAAUAAAAACUGGACUUAUGAAUAAAGUAUAGAAGGGUUUAGAUUCUGUUCCACAGAUGGCGGUAAUGCACACUAAAAGUUGCUUGCCAACCGCCAAUAAACAACAGAAGAAGAAAAACACGACAAAGAAGAACACACCCUGACAACUUUCCGCUUGAGCGAGUACAAGAUACCUCAAUCGGAUUGGGGAAAGGAAUAUUCCACCCCUGUGAAUUUGAUUAUAUGUUAAUUCAGAUUGGCACUUUUCUUUCGGAAUGAGAUGCAUACAAAGGUUACAUAAACCGAAUGCAAUUGGAAUAUUUGGGUCCAUAUAUACGUGCCUAUUGAAGGCGCAUAUGAGAUAUAACAUCAGGUGAGGUUUUUUUUAUGUCCCUGACCGCAAGACAGGAUGUGGUGGAAUUUAAUUUGGAAGUUGGAUUGAUUGAAGGCUCACACAAACAAAUAACAACCGACCACAGACACUAGCUCCAACUGGGCAGACGAGGCACAGGUGACCUCAUCCAUGGGAAACAAAACCAAUAGACAAAUAGGAGGACGCAAUUUGUUUAGCCUUAGUUGCUACUUCCUGUUGCUUGCAAAUGUCACAUCGUCUACUCUUGUCAUAUGGUGUUGUGGUGUGUUUAAUGACUUUCGAGUAAAGACAUUUGAGGGUUGUAUGAUAAGAUCCUGUUUUUUUUAAUGUAAAGAAUAUAUAGAAUUAUUUUCUUUCCUCCUACCCUACCUGCUGUCUCCGUUUUUAGAUUGUUGUGUUUGGGCUCUUGUCUCCCUCGGUAUGUCGACAUAUGCCCUGUUUUUCCACUAAUUGGGCCUCUGUAUUAAUGCGGGAAUCUGCAGUGAUGUCAUGGGAGGAUGCAAGCAAAGCCAACGAAAUGUCGGUCCACAGCAGGGCAAAGGAUGGACAGCUUGUUGAUGGCGUAUUAAAACAACCUGUCACUUAAUGCAUGACGUGAGGCCAAGUUGUGGCGGUAAAGGAAUAUAUUAAGUAAGGGAGGUACAGCGAGGCAGAAUAACACCUCGACGUUAAAGAAAGACCUCCCAUCAUGUUAGUGCAGCCUGCAGGCAGUUAUUGUGAAACAUCAUGUAUUGUCUGACAGGAGGAAGGUCACAGGGAGUCAGCAGUGCAGCUGUGUGUCUGUAAGCUUGUGAUGCAUAUGAACUUGAGAUGGUAGUGCAAUAGUAAAUGCAAUCAAAAGGUGUGGACCCAGAUCCACACGCUUCUUGUUCCUUACUUUAUCAGAGAAUAAUGCAUGAAUCCUAAAUAUAAGAUGCUGGGUAUAUGUGAUGGUGCACAAUCUAUUGCUGGUCUAGAUUAAUGUGAAAUAUAUGCAAAAUGUGUUGUUUGGCCUUGGCAGAGGACAGAGCUACACUUGCUGUAUGCCAGAGAGUCCACAUUAGAUUCAUAGGGCUUGUUUUGUAUUUGGAGAAGACAUAUCCCAGUUUUAUUUUAUUUAUUUUGUGUGUUCUGUCGUCUACUGUUACAAUAAUGUAACGUUAAGGGGGUGGGACAGGAGGACACAAAUGCUAGCACACAGUGCUAACAUUACAUUCAUUCAUUCAUUCAUUUUCUACCGCUUUUUCCUCACGAGGGUCGCGGGUUGCUGGAGCCUAUCCCAGCUGUCUUCGGGCGACAGACAGGGUACACCCUGGACUGGUCGCCAGCCAAUCACAGGGCACAUAUAGACAAACAACCAUUCACACUCACAUUCAUACCUAUGGACAAUUUGGAGUCACCAAUUAACCUAGCAUGUUUUUGGAAUGUGGGAGGAAACCGGAGUACCCGGAGAAAACCCACGCAUGCACGGGGAGAACAUGCAAACUCCACACAGAGAUGGCCGAGGGUGGAAUCAAACACUGGUCCUAGCUGUGAGGUCUGCGCGCUAACCACUCGACCGCCGUGCUGCCGCUAACAUUACAAUCAGAGGUUUUUCUGUUCACUCGGUUCCAGGCUUUAUUUUAAGAUAUGUAGCAAAGCCUGCUUUUACAAUGCUGUCCAUGAAGUGGCGGGUGUAUAGAUUGUGAUCGUCAUCAUGUCUCUCUAGUUUUGUAUGACUACCCCAAUUUUUGCAUCAUGCUUGCAUCAUACAUAAGUCAACAUGUGUUGUGUGCGUCAACCGGCCAGAUAGGACCCAGCUUGUCCAAUCUCUCACACAAGCAAACCAAAACAAUUGUUUAUUUUUUAUUGUUUUGUUUAUUGUUUUGUCUGCCUUUUUUUCUUUUCAAGUUCCCCUGCUGUACCGUAUCUUACACUCUCCUCUCAGCUACAGGUACAUAUACCGUAUUUUCUGGACUAUAAGUCUCUCCGAAGUAUAAGUCGCACAAGACCAAAAAUGCAUAAUUAAGCAGGACUCGACAAUAACGAUGCACCGAUGGCCCGGGGCAAGUUAAAACAAAAUUCAGGCAAGUAUAUCCAAUCAGUGAUAUUCCCGUCGGGCAAGUGCACUUUGGCAUGCCAUACUGCAAAGAGUUUUUUUUAAAAGCGGUUCUUGUUGGGUGUUGGUAAAACACGGACUGCGUAAUUCCGGUGGUAAUUUGCAAACCAAUCCUUGCAAAUGUUGAAAUGGACCAAUCAGAAUCGUUUAUUUAGACCGCGGUCCGUAAUCCACAGUCCGCGUUUUACCCACACCCGCUGUUCGCGAUCAACCAAUCAGCGAUCGUUUGACUACGAAAACAUCCGUCAUGGCGGCGCUGCCAACAUCGUCUAAUUCUGAAGGAAACAGCAAAAAGUGAUGAACCAGUGCCUCCUAAACAAGUAUUUUAUUAGCGGCAGCAAAUCAAAUGAUGGCACAGGUGAGUGAAUCACAUUACCCAAUAACUUGUGUUGUCAUUUAUUAUUUAAUAAGCACAAUGUUUAUUCAAUCAUGAAUGUACUUUUAUUUAUCAAGGCAAAGUGCCUAGAAGUCUCUUGACAAUCCAGAUUUCCAUGCAACGUCAUGAUCUAUGUAGGAAAACAACCACAAGAAAUGAUAAUAAUUUCAUCUUUAUUUGAGAUUCUCAUGUGAUGCCACAAAAAUGAGAUGAUAUCAUUAUGGCAGUCUUUUCAUUUUACAUGGGGCAAGUUCGGACAAGUAGUUCUCACCUUAAGGAUUCCCCAUGGGCAAGUCAUUUUUGUUUUUAAUGUAGAGCCCUGCUAAGUAGAAAAAUAACAUACAUGACUCACACUGGAGUAUAAGUCGCAUUUUUUGCGAGUAAUUUAUUUUCCAAACUACUUGACCAAAAUAGACAUUAUGUCAGCAAGUCAAAUUCUAACAUGAAUAAAAGAAUAGAGAACAGGCUGAAUAGGUGUAAGAUAUGUUAACCCAAUGGUUAUUCAGCUACAUGAAAAAUAAACAUGAACAGAAAAGGUGUCCAUUGUUUAUGUAACAUAAAUAGUUUUAAGUACAGUAACUUUUGUUUUCUUCAAGGCAGUAAGAGUAGCCUCCGUUUUACGCCAGUCCCUAACAAGUUUCUCACUUACGCCAAACGUUCUCUCUGCUGCUCGAUUACUGUUUUAGCUGCAAGUUUUACUACUUGCAGCUUGUAGUCUGCAGAAUCCGAUUUUCUUUUGGGGGGCAUUUGUUCUCAGUUGUGUUUGUAAGCUAAUGUCUACUGUUUAAAUAUUGAAUUGUUAAGGAGUAGGAGAUAGCCGUGCUAAAGUCUAGAGUGCCCUCUUGUGGUUGUCUGUGAAUUUUUAUUUUAUUAUUUUUCAUUUAUAAGUCGCAGGAACAGCCAACCUAUGAAAAAUAGUGUGACUUAUAGUCCGGAAAAUACGGUAGUUUGCUUCCUGCUGUUUUUUUUUUUUUUAGUUUAACAGAGGAGCUGUCCAAAAGAUAAACAAUUUUCCGAGCCUAUUGAUUCGUUGAUACUUUAUUGAAUGAGCAUAUUUGAAAGAUAUUUGCUCUUGCUGUUGUCAUUGUUGCCAUUGUCUCAUGUUUAGCAACGUCUUCAUAUUGAUUUCUGACAUCUGAAUUCCACCAGAAUUUAGUUUGCACAAGUCUACAUUCAUUUUUGGUUCUGAUUUUUAAAUACCGAGGUUGAUUGACACUUUCUAGUGUUUGGCUUUGACAACCCUCAUUUGUUACUUUCGACAGGCUUUUAGAGCAUGUCUGACGGUUUGAGGUUCGGUGACUGUCACUCUGUGAUGGCUCCAAUGCACUGCAAUGCUGUGGAUGAGGACGCCGGUGUCCUUUCACUGCAACUCUGAGAUGCUGUUUUUCAGGCUGACUCAGGCUCAGAAGGUCAUGGGAAGACUAAACAUUCUACAAAACAAUUCCAAACUACAGCUGCUGGCUGCAGUGUUUGCUCAACAAGUCUUAGAAGUCAAUGAAAAGGUUGCACAUUAGGGGUUGAUAUCGUUCAUUAAGGGAGAAAAAAAACAUAUUUUUGUAUUAGUUAUUAGACCAAACACUAUAUAGAUGGUAUAGAUAUACCAGAAAAUACUAUGAUAAAACAUUAAUUUGUGCCGUUAGCUACAAACUAAUUUGCGCAUGUCAUGCUUUUUCAUUAUUUUUUUAAGUUGGUUUUCCUUUCUGUUAGUUUAUGCUCUCUAAUGUGCUGGGAUUCCCUCAGCAUGUAACCUACAUACACAUGAUAUUCUCUGACAUCGCCAAGCAGUCAGAACACCGGAUACAAGUAAAUUAAUGAUGAUCAUACUGUCUUAUUUCCUUUUUCUUUGUCUGUCUCAACCUCACCAAGUCCCACCGAUGAGUUGGUCCCCACACAACUUUGCUGGAGGAUGAUGAUGUCGCCGCAUUGAAUUGAAUACAUAGUGUCACAUUUAACGUAAUGCUAAAGACAUGCACCACACUUACAAAACGGGAAACGGGUCAAACACUAUCCGGAGGGAAAUAAGUGAAAUGUAAAUAAUCAUGUUCAGGAUCAAACUCUUUCCAUCAUAAGAAGGAAGGGGUAGGAUUAAACAGGCUCUACUUUUUCCUACUCCUACUAUUGUUAAGCAUGUUUGAAAUAAGCGAAACCAUCGUCAUUACCUUUCAUUCAUUUUCUACCGCUUAUCCUCACGAGGUUCGCUGGGGGUGCUGGAGCCUACCCCAGCUGUCUUCGGGCGAGAGGCGGGAUACACCCUUGACUGGUCGCCAACCAAUCACAGGGCACAUAUAGACACACAACCAUUCACACUCACAUUCAUACCUAUGGACAAUUUGGAGUCGCCAAUGAACCUAGCAUGUUUUUGGAAUGUAGGAGGAAACCGGAGUACCUGGAGAAAACCCACGCAUGCACGGGGAGAACAUGCAAACUCCACACAGAGAUGCCUGAGGGUGGAAUCGAAUUUGGGUCUCCUGGCUGUGAGGCCUGUGUGCUAAUCACUCAAAUGCCGCGCAGCCCAUUGUUAUUACCAUAAGACCAUAAUUAACUUAAGUAAUGUUUUAAGUCACAUUUUAAAAUGCUUAACUGUCAUGCAAGUGUAAAGUUAUGAGUUUAGUCUCUUCAUAUAAAGGUAAUUCACUUUUAUAUUGUACCGAGUUCUAAGGCAUCAUCAUCUUUAGUGCUUGCCGUCACCAGCGGUGGGUGAAAGACAGUGUUUUGCAAUGUUCUCAAGUCUUUCAUGUAAAUUUUCAAGUCAAGUAUCAAGUCAAGACACUAGGCCACCAUGUGGUCACCUUUUGAGUGGUUUUAUUAUUUAGACCAGAGUGACAAGACUUGGGGACAAAUGUUACUCAACACACUCACUGGAAAAACUGUCCUGAAUCCUGAAUCAUUGAUGUCAAGUCAUGGAUGAUAUUGUAAAGUUGAGUCCAAAAUUGUGAUUCGAGUCCACACCUCGGCCUUCUACACUGGGUCUGACCAUCCAUUUUCUAUACCGCUUAUCCUCACGAGGGUCGCAGGUAUGCUGGAGCCUAUCCCAGCUGUCUUCGGGCGAGAGGCGGGGUACACCGUGGACUGGUUGCCAGCCAAUCACAGGACACAUAUAGACAAACAACCAUUCACACUCACAUUCAUACCUAUGGACAAUUUGGAGUUGCCAAUUAACCUAGCAUGUUUUUGGAAUAUGGGAGGAAACCGGAGUCCCCGGAGAAAACACACACAUGCACGGGGAGAACAUGCACACCUAAGGACAAUUAAGGUGGGGAUGGACAAACUUUUGACCCUGCUGACCUUUUUUUUUUUAACUGGCAGACAAGCAAGGCAAAUGGGCUAACUGUAAUGUGUGUAAUACCUAUCAACCCAAUUAGAAAACCAAUUGGUGAAAAAAAAAAAUCCAAUACUAUUCAUACUUUUCCCAAUCCUAUUUCAGAAGCAUAUUUCCACUUUAAUUUGGUCCUAACCCAUUUGUGCAACUUCUGUUGUGUUCGACGUUAUUAUAUGGUCCUAUAGUAGUGUGAAGUCUCCAGGAAAUAAAUGCAAGCCUGUGUUAAUGCCAUGUGAUGUGUGCGUGUGUGUAAGUGGUUGUCGAGGGCUGUGAUGAUGAAGAUGAUGUGUCCUAUCCCCAUUAGUGUUAGCCUAGAUCUGUCAGAGCUUUGUUGCGUUCCUCCUUGGCAAAAUCCCAGCCCUUGGGAACAAGGGGAUGGGCCAAACACACGCUGUCGCUUCCAAAGACACAACCUGCAAUGUCUGGGAAGUCUGUUACUCUAAAAGUCAACACCAUUACCAGAAAUAGGAGGCUAAAUAAAUAAAAAGCAGUGCGGUUCUUGUACACACAGACACACACACACACACACACACACUGCAUGCUGUUUUCCGAGUUGAUCGACACAACAAAUUAAUAAGUGGCAUUAACCUCCGUGCAGAGGCAUUCCCUGCAGUGUUCCCUCGGUUAAUUCAACCAUGUCCUACAUUCUCCCUCUGCUGUGGGGACAAGAGUUGGAUGGGGGGGGGGGGGGGGGUGAUAUAAAGAGAUGCACUCUCUGUUAUGAACUUUUAACAUUGUUUCUAAUUAAUAUCCCUGCCAUUAAUUUGUUGCGACACAGCAUCUGACAGCACACAUCCACCUAACCAGCCAGUUAUCUUAAAGCCUGGAAGCUAUGUUUAGUCUCUGGGAAGCUCUGGGAAGAAAUGUGCACUCUGAUAACUGAUUGACGGGCUUUGGGGGAUUUUAAGCACAAUUUUUUCUGUAUAAUUAAUUUCUGUAAUAUUUAGUUGUUUUUUUUGUUCAAUCUUGUCCAACUCUGACUCAAGCGGAGUAAGUCUGCUUUUAUUUACAUUGGAUGACAGGAAUGAGAAGUAGUGUGUCACAUACAGGUCAUUCUCGAUUUUUUUUGUGCAGUCUAAUUUUCUGAUGGCAUGAUGAUUACACCACAGUGAUGGCUGCCCUCAGCUACCUCGUCAUAGGAUGUGAGGUUUGUGGACCUAAAACUACCAGGAAGUAAAUAGGUUGAGCAGUGUUUUUGUUGUUACGGCUAGUGUAAACAAAAAAAAUGAAUACUUUGUGUCCACUUUAGUGUGGUUUACACAAUUUAGUGUGAACACAAUUUUCGUAUUUCCGUAUUUUUUGCAUAGUCCUUGAACGUGCUGCCUCUAACGUUCUAAAACCAAAAGAAGAAACGAUGUGGAAAAGCUGGGGCCUUGCCUUUGCUUGAUGUGUAUUUAUAAAGACGCUGAUGGAUAAGAGGUUACAGACAUGCACAUGUUCACUAGCGUGCAGCGACAAUGAAUGAAGAUUUUUAUGGAAAGCAGAAAUAAUCACAAAGCGUCCGAAGAAAUCAUCACUCUCAUUUCUUUUCAUCAUCUGCUUUGCUCUAGUGACCAAACAUAUGUUUUUGCUGGC